AUGUCCUCACUUAUGGCACUUCCAGAUCCAGCAUCAGGAGCAGCAGACGACUGGGCAAAGAGCAUUGGAAUUAAAUACUCUUACACAUUCGAACUAUCACCAACUCAACUAGACCCUGGCUUUAUUCUACCAGAAACGCAUAUUUCUCGAGUUGGCCGAGAAAUUAUGGAAGGUGUGGCUUAUAUGGCUAAUCGGUUGCGGGCUGAGGAAGCCGGCCGACUGCUCAAUGACAUUCUAACUUCUAGACCUAUCAGAAGACGAAGUCAUCGCGUAGGCUAUGCUGCGCGUCAACACGUAUAA